GGCUCAUUAAAUAGAUAGAGAGAGAAAGAGGGGGAGGAUUGAGCAGAAGCAGGGGAAGGGAGACGGAAAUGGCGAGGUUGCAAUUUUACAAAGAUGUAGUUCCAGUAUGUGCACUUCUAGCUAUAGAAUCCAUCAACGUCACCGCUAGCAUUCUGUUCAAAGCAGCCACUCUCCACGGCAUGAGUUACUACGUUUACACCGUCUAUUCCACUGCUGUUUCCACUCUCGUUCUCCUUCUUUCUCUCCCCUUCAUCCUCCACAGAUCAGCUGGCCUUCCUUCAUUCACGUCGUCUCUGUUCUUCAGAAUUUUCCUCCUUGCAGUCAUCGGGCUUGUCAUUCAGCUCCUUGGAGCCCAAGGCAUUCAGUACAGUUCACCUACUCUUGCUGCUGCUAUGAGCAACUUGGUUCCCGCUUUCACCUUCAUACUCGCUGUCUUCUUCAGGAUGGAAAAGGCAGAGUUCAGAAGUUCAAGCACUCAAGCCAAAAUCAUAGGCUCAACAGCAUCAAUAGCUGGUGCCCUCCUAGUCGUUCUCUUCCGGGGCCCUGCUCUCAUACCAGCAUCAUCUUCAUCGCCACCCCCUCCCACAAAUUCUCCACUGGAUUCUUCAUCGCCACAAACGAAAUGGGUUCUUGGUGGCUUCCUACUUCUUGUCCAGUAUCUUCUACUUCCAAUCUGGUAUAUUGUUCAGACCCAAGUCAUAAAAGAAUAUCCAGCAAAGCUGAUAGUGGUGUUUUUAUACAACCUGUGUGGGACUAUUGUAUCUGCACCAGUGUGUUUAAUAGCAGAACCAGGCUUGAGUGCCUGGAAGAUAAAACCUGACAUAUCACUGGUCUCCAUUGUUUACUCAGCAUUCUUUGUCACAUGCUUAGGCAUUCUGAUUCAUACGUGGGGUCUCCAUCUGAAAGGCCCUGUGUUUGUAUCAAUCUUCAAACCCGUCUCCAUCGCCAUUGCUGCUGCUAUGAGUGUCAUUUUCCUGGGCGAUGCUCUGUAUCUAGGCAGCGUUAUUGGAGCAGUAAUAGUGUCGGUUGGGUUUUAUGCGGUGAUAUGGGGGAAAGCGAAAGAGGAAGAAGAGACGAAGGAGAACUAUGGCUUGUGCAGCUCAGAAGUGCAACCACAGUGCAAGACUCCUCUGUGUCAGAACUACGACAAUGCGGAAGAUAAUAACAAACAACGGAAUGACGUGUAAUGGAACUCAGGCAGGAGUCUGUACGUUGUUUACUGAAGAAAAUAAAGUUGGUGUUAAAGAUAGAGAGCUUUGAUUUACACUCGUUUGAUUAAGACUUUGAAUCGUUUGUCAUAUGGAAUUGCUUUGUAAAUGUGGGCGAGCUUGUAACUUGUCCGAUCGGUGGCUACACCUGAACAAGUUAGAUGCACGGAUCCGGGGCCACACAAAACCAGCUAAAGUGAGGAAUAUUUAGCAUACAUGUGUGAGGACACUUGAGAAUAGAAAAAAGUUCUCGAGUGGCGUUGAAUCUUAUUU